GUAGUUUUACCGUAGAAAGAAGAGACCACGUUUUCAUUUUAUUUGCAAUGUAAACACUCUGUUGUGUUUUGUUGUGUGUUUGUAGUGGUUUUUGGAUCAUGGUAUGAUCAUGUGAACGGCUGGUGGGAGAAGGAGCAGAUUUAUUCAAAUUUUCACUACAUGUUCUAUGAAGAUUUGAUUGAGGACUGUGGACGAGAAAUAGACCGACUGUGUUCCUUCCUUGGUUUGUCUCCUUCAGCUGAAGAGAAGGAAAGAGUCAAAGCCAGUGUGACUUUUGACAAUAUGAAACAAAAUAAAAUGACCAACUACUCCACCUUCGAUACAAUGAACCAGACUAUCUCUCCUUUCAUGAGAAAAGGAAAAGUUGGUGAAUGGAAGAACCACUUCACUGUGGCCCAGAAUGAACAGUUUGAUGAAGACUACAAGCAGAAAAUGAAGAAUCCUGAUCUAAAGUUUCGUUAUGAAAUUUAGAGCCCCAGCUGGGUGUGAUGGAACUCUGCACUGAUAUGUGAUUAAAUAGUUAAAAAAUAAGUCACAUUUGAUAUUAAAUUUUAAACGAACUAAAUUUCAGGUAGGUGAUAGAGACCUGUGGCAGAGUUCAAACCAAACUGAUAACUGAUUUGUCACUUAAUGGUGCUAAUGCUAACAUAACCUAAAUGUUAUUAAAAUUGA